CCAUAUUGGAUCCUGCAGCUGCCGGAUCAGCCGAAAUAGCUUACAAAAUUGGAUUGUCGCAUGACACUAGGGGGAUUUCAUUCUAUUGUUUUAUUAAACAAAUGGAUUUCUGGGAGUUAUAUAGGAUUAAUACUGGAUGUAUAAAACUAUAA